AUGGGAAACACGACGUGGAGUAAUUUCACCCAAGUGCUGUCGGAGCUGGACGGGACGGGCGGCGAGGAAGAGGAGGACGACGGCGGGAGCGGCGAUGGUGGUGGAGGUGAUGGAGGUGAUGGAGGGAGCGGCGGGCUGCGCGUCCUCGUCGGCUGCGUCCUCUUCCUCCUCAUCGUGUCCACGCUGCUCGGGAACACGCUGGUGUGCGCCGCCGUGGUCAAGUUCCGGCACCUGCGCUCCAAAGUCACCAACUUCUUCGUCAUCUCUCUGGCCGUGUCCGACCUGUUCGUGGCCGUGCUGGUGAUGCCCUGGGAGGCCAUCACCGAGGUGACGGGCACGUGGCUGUUCGGACGGUUUUGUGGCGUGUGGAUCGCCUUCGACAUCAUGUGCUCCACCGCGUCCAUCCUCAACCUGUGCAUCAUCAGCAUGGACCGCUACUGGGCCAUCGCCAGCCCCUUCAAGUACGAGCGGAAAAUGACUCACCGGGUGGCGUUUGUCAUGAUCGGGGUGGCGUGGACGCUGUCCAUCCUCAUCUCCUUCAUCCCUGUGCAGCUCAACUGGCACCGGGCUGGGGAGGAGGAGGAAUCGGAGGAGGAGAUGAUGGCGGAGGCGUUGGCGAUGAUGGUCGCCGGCGGCAGGAACUUCACAAACAGCAGCAACAUCAGCGCCGGCGCCAAGAGCUGCGUCGCCAACUUAAACAAAACCUACGCUAUAUCCUCGUCCCUCAUUAGCUUCUACAUCCCCGUGGUGAUCAUGAUCGCCACCUACACCCGGAUCUACCGGAUCGCUCAGACCCAAAUCCGCCGGAUCACGUCUUUGGAGAGGGCGGCGGAGCAAGCGCAGAACCAAGGCCACGGCGUGAACCGGAACCAGCAGCAGCAGCAUCGGUCCAAUGACGAAGCCUCGUUAAAGUCGUCGUUUAAAAAGGAAACCAAAGUCCUGAAAACGCUCUCCAUCAUCAUGGGGGUGUUCGUCUUCUGCUGGCUGCCGUUCUUCGUCCUCAACUGCACCGUGCCCUUCUGUGACCCGCCCUGCGUCAGCGACACCACCUUCACCGUCUUCGUUUGGUUCGGCUGGGCCAACUCAUCCCUCAACCCUGUCAUCUACGCCUUCAACGCCGACUUCCGCCGCGCCUUCACCACCAUCCUCGGUUGCAACAGAAUCUGCUCGAACAACGUGGUGGAGGCCGUGAACUUCAGCAACGAGCUCGUCUCUUACCACCACGACACGACGCUCCACAAGGAGGCGCUGGUCCCCGCGCAGCCGCAGCAACACCCGCGCACCAUUGACAUCGGUUCGGACCACCUGGACGACAUGAGCGCGCAGUUUGACGAGGAGUCGCUCAUCUCUAACGGUUCUCAGAGCCACAACCGACUGCUGCUGCUUCCUGCCACCGUCCAGUUCGAGGACGACCCCGAGAUCUCCUUGGAAACCAUCACGCCGUUCACCUCAGUGGCGGGGCUGGAGAGUGAUGCACUGAUACCUGGACAGGUGCACCAGGAUGAAUAA